AUGCCCCGCUUCAACCUCGCCCCAGCGGUGCGCGCGACCGCCGCCCCGCCGAUCCCGAAGGCAAAGGCCUGGGGACCAGUGUACGCUGCGUCGCCUGCCGCCGCCAGCGCGCCGCUGCUCGACUUGAGCCAGGGCGUGCCCGGCACCGCGCCCGACGCGCGCGUGCUCGCUGCGCUGUCCGACGUCGCCGGCACGUUUGAGGCGGCCAAGUACGGCGCCAUCCUCGGCGAGGGCGCGCUGCGCGCCGGCCUGGCGACCGAGCUGCGGGUCAAGUACGGCCUCGACGACAGCGCGUUGACGGCCGAGGACGUCGGCAUCACGACGGGGUGCAACAUGGCGUUUUUGAACCUCUUGAUGAUCCUCUGCGAGCCCAAUACCUCGUCGGUGCUCAUCCCCCUGCCGUCGUACUUCAACCACGCGAUGAGCCUGUCCCUCCAGUCGGUAGUGGCGGAUUACAUCCCCGCGGACCCAGCAGCCGGGUUCCAGCCGAGCCUGGGUGCGGCGCGCACGAUUCUCGAGCGGGGCACGCGGAGCGUCAACGGCCGCGAGGUGACCCCGCGCGCCAUCGUGCUCGUGACCCCCAACAACCCUACCGGCGCGGUGUACUCCCCCGAGACGCUCAGGCAGUGGUACGCCCUCGCGAAGGAGUUCAACGUCCCCCUCGUGCUCGACGAGACGUACCGCGACUUUGUGGACGCGCCGCACCGUUUGUUCGAGGAGGAGGACUGGCGCGAGACGCUCAUCACGCUGGGAAGCUUCAGCAAGGGCUACCGCCUCCCCGGCCACCGCCUGGGCAGCAUUACGGCCUCGCCCGAGCUGCUGAAGCAGGUCGCCACCGUGCUGGACUGCAUGCAGAUCUGUCCCCCGCGCACGGCCCAGCUGGCCAUCACGCCGCUGCUGCCAGAGCUUCGGGGCGACCUGGCGGCAGGCUCAGCGGCAGUCGCGGCGCGCAGGCGGCUGUUCGAGGAAACGGUCAACGCCGUGCGCGGCUGGCGGGUGGUCUCGUCGGGCGGGUACUUUGCCUACGUGCAGUUCCCGGAGGCGUACAGCGCGCCCGAAGCAGCCGCCGCGCUCGGCGUCUCGCCGGGCGACAAGGUCGGCUCGGAGGCAGUCGGCCGUGCGCUCGGUGAGCGCUGCGGCGUGGUCACCCUCCCCGGCGCAUUCUUCAUGCCCCCGCUCGAGGACGACGCAGUGUGGGCCGCCAUUCCUGGAGGCGACGCGCUGCGCGCCGACCAGUGGAUCCGCUUCGCCAUCGCCAACGUGAGCGACGAGACGAUCGUCCAGCUCGGCCCACGGCUCGCGCAGCUCAACGCCAUCGUCGGCGUCUAA